AUGGCAUCUUUUCAAAAAAACUCUAUGUUUUUUCUCUCCCUGUCCUUCAUCUUCAUUGUCCCUUCCAUUGCACAACCCUGCAAUUCAUACACUUUCCCCAACCACAUCACCUAUGCCGCAUGCAACAAUCUACCAACCUUAGAAUCAUCACUUCAUUGGAACUACCACCCAUCCACACGCACGGUCGAUGUAGCAUUCAAGAAAUCGAAUACAGGAGACUCUAGUUGGAUCGCUUGGGCCAUCAACCCUACUUCAAAGGGUAUGGUGGGUUCCCAAGCAUUCGUUGCGUUUCGAAAAUCUGAUGGAAGUUUCAGGGCCUACACUUCACCCAUUACCAGUUACGCGACUCUGUUGCAAGAGGGUCAACUCAGCAUCCCUGUUCACAGUGUUUCAGGAACUUACGCGAAUGGAAGCAUGAUCAUCUUUGCAAGUCUGCGACUUCCAGAGAACACAACCGUGGUAAAUCAUGUUUGGCAAGAGGGGUUGGUAUCUGAUGAUGGGACUCUGAAAGCUCAUGCUAUGGCAGGAUCUAAUCUUCAGUCUUUUGGAACCUUGGAUUUUGUUUCUGGGAAAGUUGAAGAAACUGGAUCAAAAGUGAACUCUAAAAGAACCACACUCAGAAAUGCUCAUGGAAUUUUGAAUGUCAUAAGCUGGGGAAUACUAAUGCCGAUUGGAGUAAUCUUUGCUAUCUGCUUGAAGGCAUUUGAUGGUGUAGGACCUACAUGGUUUCAUUUGCAUCGAGCAUGUCAAUCUCUAGCAUUCUUGAUGGGCAUUGCUGGCUUUGGCACUGGUUUGUUCAUGGGAAAUCACUAUGGAGUUCAUCAUGGUCCUCACAGAUGCAUUGGAAUCGCUCUAGUUGUUCUAGCAUCGGCUCAAGUUUGUGUUGCUAUAUUCUUCAGGCCUAAGAAUGAUCACAAGAACAGAAUAUUUUGGAACAUUUUUCACUACGCAAUUGGCUAUUCAACAGUUGUCUUAUCCAUUUUGAAUAUCUUCAAAGGCUUUGACAUUCUCCAUGCCCAAUUGAUGUGGAAGAAAAUCUAUCUUGGGAUAAUCAUAUCUCUGGCCGUGAUUGCUCUGAUGUUGCAAAUUUGGUGGUGCAAGAAGAGGUUCAACUCUAAGGAAAGUGAUGACACCAACCAAGAGAUUCCAUAG